AUGACCUUCUUCAAAUGCGUCGGCGUGACGAUUAGCUGGGUCAAGAUAACAGCGCCGGGCAACAGCCCCAACACAGACGGGAUGUUCUUCUCCGGGUGCCAGAACGUCGACGUCUCCGGCUCAAUUAUCGGAACAGGAGAUGAUUGCGUAGCUAUCGGCCCCGACUGCUCAAAGAUCAACAUCAACUGCGUCCAUUGCGGCCCUGGCCAUGGCUUCAGCAUUGGAAGUCUGGGAAGGGAUGGUGCGGAACAAUCAGUCGAGAACAUUCGUGUAUCCGAUUCCAGUGUAAUGGAUGCUCUCACAGGCGCAAGAAUCAAGACAUGGCAGGGAGGAUCUGGAUAUGUCAGAGGCAUCGUGUUUGAGAAUCUGAGGCUCUACUCGGUUAAGACGCCAAUUAUGAUCGACCAAUUCUACUGUAACGGUAACAGUUGCCAAAACCACACCUCCGCGGUGGCAAUAAGCGACGUGCAGUUUGUGAAUUUUUCUGGGACGACCACCACGGAGAACCCCAUCAAAAUACUCUGCAGCAAGAGCGUUCCAUGUAAAGGCAUCCACCUGGAGAAUGUGAAGCUCUCCAUGGUUGGAGGGACAACUCCAGUGAAAUCUGUUUGCAUCAAUGCCAACGACAACCAAUUCACUCGAGUCGACCCAGACGUCCAAUGUAUUGACUUGCAGGCGUUCGUACAAGCAUGGGCAGCAGCUUGUGCAGAUACCAGAUCACCGGUGAUUCUCGUCCCUUCAGGGAAGACGUUCUUGAUAGGUGAAAUAACACUGUCGGGCCCCUGCAAAUCCAGCAUUGAUUUUCGGCUACAAGGGGACAUUGUGGCACCAAAUUCGAAGUGGACGAACGAUAAGGCCAGCUUGUUGACCUUCACGUACGUGAACCGUCUGAUCGUGCACGGCUACGGGCAGAUCGAUGGCAGAGGCCAACUCUGGUGGGACCUCUUCAACAAAAAGAUCUUAACCUUCCAUCACUGCAACGAUCUUUAUGUGAAAGGAAUAACGAUAAAGAACGGCCCCGAUAAGCAUAUGACCUUCUUCAAAUGCGUCGGCGUGACGAUUAGCUGGGUCAAGGUAACAGCGCCGGGCGACAGCCCCAACACAGACGGGAUGUUCUUCUCCGGGUGCCAGAACGUCGACGUCUCCGGCUCAAUUAUCGGAACAGGAGAUGAUUGCGUAGCUAUCGGCCCCGACUGCUCAAAGAUCAACAUCAACCGCGUCCGUUGCGGCCCUGGCCAUGGCUUCAGCAUUGGAAGUCUGGGAAGGGAUGGUGCGGAACAAUCAGUUGAGAACAUUCGUGUAUCCGAUUCCAGUGUAACAGAUGCUCUCACAGGCGCAAGAAUCAAGACAUGGCAGGGAGGAUCUGGAUAUGUCAGAGGCAUCGUGUUUGAGAAUCUGAGGCUCUACUCGGUUAAGACGCCAAUUAUGAUCGACCAAUUCUACUGUAAUGGUAACAGUUGCCAAAACCAAACCUCCGCGGUGGCAAUAAGCGACGUGCAGUUUGUGAAUUUUUCUGGGACGACCACCACGGAGAACCCCAUCAAAAUACUCUGCAGCAAGAGCGUUCCAUGUAAAGGCAUCCACCUGGAGAAUGUGAAGCUCUCCAUGGCUGCUCUGGCGGUGCUCGGUCUGUUGCUGCUAAGUCUAAGUGCUGCUGUUGGAUACAAGACUUACAACGUUCUCGACUUUAAGGCCGUGGGUGAUGGCCAAACCGAUGAUACUAAU